CAUGCAAUUCAGUCACGAGCCUCGAGUUCGAUCGUAAACAAUGGCAAACAUUCAUUUAAGCGAGGCCGAAAAGGUUUUUAUCCUUCACGGGAUUCGCGAAAACUUGCGUUGCGAUGGCAGAAAACGCUCCGAUUACCGUCCGAUGGAAAUUGAGACCGACAUCGUGCUGAAUUCCAAUGGAUCAGCCCGCCUGCGUCUCGCAAACUCCGACGUGAUGGCAAGUAUCAAAGCAGAAAUCGACCAACCGCAUGCCAGUCGCCCAAAUGAAGGAAAAGUCGAGUUUUUCGUGGAUUGCAGUGCCAAUGCGACACCCGAAUUCGAAGGACGAGGCGGCGAAGAACUCGCUUUGGAAAUUUCGAACACGAUGAGCAAAGCAUUUUCCUCGCCGAAUACUUUUGACUUGAAAACUUUGUGCAUUUUGCCGAGAACUUAUUGUUGGAAGUUGUACAUUGAUAUUUUGAUCCUCGAAUGCGGCGGAAAUUUAUUCGAUGCAGUCUCAAUUGCUGUCAAAGCGGCUCUUUUUGACACAAAAAUCCCGAAUGUGACGCCCGUCGAGCUCGAUAAAGGCAACACAGAAUUAGUUCUCAGUGACGACAUUUACGAUUGUUCGAGGCUGGAUGUGACAAAAGUCCCCUUGCUUGUUACGCUGUGCAAAGUUGGCGACGAUUGCAUCAUUGAUCCGACUGCCGAAGAGGAAGAAUGUAAAAUUGCGAGUCUCGUUGUCGGAGUUUGUUGUCAAAGUGAAACUGAAGCGACAAUUGCGACGAUCAGGACAAGCGGAACGGGAUCGAUUUCGCAAGAAACGCUUAGUAAACAGCUGAAAAUGAGCUUAAAUGGUGCCUUGUGUGUGAAUAAAUUGCUUAUGGAGACGCUGAAAAGAUGCGAAGAGCUACCUGAGGAUCAUACGGUUGGGUUUUUGAAGUAAAUUUAUGUAAAUAAAAGAAAAAAUUUGUUGAAAAAAA